UGAAUACGUUCAUUGUAUAUUCCGGAUGUAGAUAAAUGAUGAUACCUGAUGUAAGGGGUUCAUUGUAUUCUUCCACUAUAAAACAAACCUGACAGUCUCCCUAGCAAACAUUCCUCUACUCUCUCCGACCGCGGUCAUCGUUUGCCGAGAUUACAAAUUAGUUUGUAAGCAUGCCAACUUUACCACCAAAGAUUACAUUAUACACUGACAGGGAUUUCAUGGGUUGUUCCAAAGAGAUAUCCGAGCCUUAUUACAGCCUAUGUUUUACGGGAUUCAAUAACAAGGUCUCUUCUGUGGAGGUACACAGCGGGCUAUGGGUUCUAUAUCAGCAUUGCUUCUUGGGCGGAAAGAUUUACGUCGUUUGGGAGGGACAAAAGAUCAACCUCCCGUGUGAAGCAGAGGACACAAUAAGUUCGCUUAAACCGAUUGAGUUUGAUUUCGGAGUAAAUCCUUCAAGCACCAUAUACAAGCACUCGUGCUUUGCUGGCCAGAGUCAGAGCUUUGAAGGAGUCAAUCGAAUUUCCAAUUUAUCAGACUUCUGCUUUAAUGACAAAGUGUCAUCUGUUGAUGUCCAUAGUGGAGGGUGGGUAGGCUAUGAACAUGCAGGCCUCAGUGGGAAGCAGUACCUGUUUUUGACGGGGACGUCACAAUGGUUCGGCGUCAGAGGGCUGUUUUACGAACGACGCCAUAUCCUCCUGGGCACCGAUCGUUAGACCACCGAUUCCAGAAAAUGCUUAGAAUAUCCUGUCGUUGUUCAUUCCUUAGUUUUUAAUAUUUCUUAUUUAAAUCCUUUAUAGCGAGAACGCUAAAAUUAGAAUAGAAACGAAAUUUAUUUUCACCAAACGUUCAUUAACGUGUAUUGUAUGUAAGUUACAUAUUAAAGACUAAAUUGAAUCUGAUUUUGCAAAUUGUAAACCUUUUUUUAAAUAAAACUUAUUUUCACAGUAA